AUGCGACGGGAAGAAGUGGCAUUUGGAAGUGUUGCUGACUUAACAUUUAGGUUUCAACAUAACAAAGCUUGCAUUGUCUUUUCGCACUUAGGCGCACAGCGUGCCAUUGAUUCUUCAAAAUGGUCAAGAGUUGCUCCAAAGACUCGGAAUCGUGAUGAAGAGGAUGAAGAGCGAAAUAGAAGGCACCAAUUCUUGACGAAGCGAUCCGAAGAAGAGUUUCGCAAAUUUGCUCAAAUCAUGCCAUGUGAGAAUGUUAUAGAGUUUCUUCCGCCUUUUUGUGAAGAUGAGAUAAAAGAGAAUAUCUUUUUGUUAUCGUUGAAAUGGGGGAGUCAAGGGGUUAAAGAUGAUGGAAAGGAAAGAGGGCGUUUUCUUUUCUGUUAUGGUGGUUAG